AGAGGGCAGGGGUGAAGGCAUCACAAUCCAAUGUCACUAAUCUUUAUUGAUGAUAUAACUCAUGAUGGAAGCAGCAGAAUGAAUUCAGAAAUUUUUCAGUCAUUUUUUCAGUCAUUACUUAACUACGCGACCUGUUGUGAGGAACUUGAAAAGACCUCUGAGCAAUGAGCUGUAAUGGAUAACCAGCUCUGCUUUUAAAUGUUACUACAUUGUGCUGCUAUGGUGAUAUCUGACCUUUCAAGUCUCCACGCCUUCAGCUGUAACAUUGUUGAACCAAGUCUUUAUGUCUCUAUGGCUGCACAGAGAAUCUUUUCUGCCCUCACCACUUUCAGUGAACUUGAAAUGUCUUUCAGCUGGUGCAAAAACAAUCGACUCUGAAUUAGAACUGUAAAGAAGUGAAAAGCUUGGAUAAGAUGAUGCAUUAACGAGUGAGGGAUGAACUCUGGGAAAGCGGCGAAAGAGAAAAAGAAAACGCAAAGUGAUCAACGGGAUCUUAUGAGCAACACUCUGGUAUCUGCAGAUAAGGAGUUAAGGCAGUUUGGAGUUAUGGAAUUGCACAACUCCAGCCUUGAUGAAUAUGACAAGUUAUCUCCUGGUCCUUCUCACUCUGUUCUCCGUUCCCCUUCUUCUCCUCCUCCACGAUCAAAAGAUCUCAGAGUGACUUUUCAACAGGAACGUUCAAACAGCUUUCCAAAGACAAUGCCUUUCUGUAGGAUUAUAAAACAAAAUGCAUCUCCUUUAUUAUCGAGAACUGAUCAGCAGUCAGUACUCACUCGUACACAGAGUACACCAGAGAUCAGAUCUUUAUAUUUGGACUCUGAGCCUACAGAAGGAACUAAUAAACACUGGGAUAAGAAUUUUAGGGAUGCUGUGUUGUCAUGGACCUCAAUGAAUCACCCUUUGGCUGAAACACACACAGAGCUGGAAUCACAUACUGACAGACUGCUUCGCCUUACCAGGGACUUGUAUGAAUCGACCCACCUACCUGAUGCUGCCAUACAAUUUUUCGAGAUGAGGCAAGAGGAAAGAUCACCAGUUCAUAGACUCUGCAUGAAUUCCUUUUUACAGCCAGACAAACAGGAGACCGAGCAGACUUCUAAACAACGGCUAAAAACCAAGGAACAGUUGAUCGUUCCAGAAGCCCAGGGAAGCUCUUUGUCUGGUCCAGCUGUCCAGCCCUGUGGUCCUGAUGUGUGCGCUGUGUUGAGGACUCUGCUGGACCUGGUGGACGAGCACUGGAAUGGACAAAACUCUCUCCACCUCAAUCUCAACUUUAUGGCAAAAGCCAUCCUCCUUCUAUUACCUCUAACUAACCCGGUUCCACCAUCCCAAUCUGAGGACAAGUAUAUAAGAGGACGUAAGGAUGAGCAGAAAGGAAAGCGGGAGAGCAGAGAAUGGUGGGAUGUGGAGAAAUCAAGGCAGGUAAAGAGCAUGUUGGGGAAUGAACAGGGUGGAAACGAGGAGUGCGAAAGCUGCGGAGAACACCGAUCAGCAAUCGAUGUCUCCAAAGUUAGACAGCUGAAGAGACAACUUGCCAAAACUCAACAUGAACAGGAAUCAUUGAAGACGAGACUGAUCUUGGCUUUAAAAGAGAACUUCGUUUUGCGAGCAGAGAAAAUGAAGAUAAUCACAACUUUGGAAAAUGACACUACACUGUUGGACUUGGGAGUACAUCUGGACAGAGAAACAAAAGUUCUUCAACAGCAAGACAAACUCUUAAAGCAGUUGGAACGAACACUGCAUCUUCUACAGGACAAUCACAGAUCCUUGGUAUCCCGUAAUGACUUGCUGCAGAAUUUGAUCAAAAGAACCAGCAAAAUGCAGUAAAACAUUAUAAAUGUACUGAAUCAAUAUUGGUAAAAUGAACAGUUUGUAUAUUUAACUGUAUAUGUUUUUAAAGUCUGAACUUUAAAUGCAUUUCUUCUUUGUUAUAGUAUGUCUUAUAUGCCUAAAUGAUUUAAAAUAGUAAAGGUGCUACUGUUCUCUAAUUCCUCUGUGUAUAUAAAUAUAUUAAAGCAGGUACCAUUACAGUGAGUGACGAUUAAAUUGGAAUAACCAUCUUUACAAUAAACAAUAAAUAGUUAUCUUAAAAAAAAUACAUCUGAAGUGUUUAUGUGGGGUUUAUGAACGCUCCACGUAGAACCCUACAACAGAGCAUGCCUCUUUGAUAAACUGAUCUAUGAUAGAUCAUAAUUAUGUGAUCAUUUCUAUGAAUGUGUAUUUCCUGUAUGAGCACAAGAAAUAUGGAGACCAUGACCAAAGACUUCAAACAUACGCGUUCGUACGUAAAAUUCGUAACAUUAGACCACCAGCAGAUGGCGGUACUGAUCAACAAAACACUACCUUAUAGACCUGAGUCUAAAGGUGCAUUCAGCUAACGCUUAUAACAAGGAAUUUCUGAUCUCUGACUAGGAAAAAAACGAAGAAAAGUCCCUUCAACCCCGACCUUCCUGACUCACCGAAUGACUCUCAAUCAGCAUAGACAUAUUAGUUGGUUAAAUCUUUAACAGUGACCAAUUGC